AUGGCCCCCUUUCAAGGUUCCGUCUCAGUCACCCACAUCACCACCGCCACGGCGAUCAUCAACAUCGACGGUAUCCGCUUCCUUACCGACCCGGUCUUCUGCCCAGCUGGAUCCGAAUACAUUUACGAUGGAUGGGCCAAAGCCGACUGGAAUGAAUGGGGCUUCAACGGCCGCCCUCCAACCUCAACUCUGCGUAGCUUCGAGGGACCCGCACUCCAGCUCCAUGACCUGCCGCCCAUCGACGCUGUCCUCCUCAGCCAUGAAGACCACGUCGACAACCUAGACCCCCUAGGCCGACAGCUGCUCGAUGGCCGUCGCGUCUACACCACGCCAGACGGUGCCAAGAACUUGGCUCCACGACCCGGCGUCGUCGGCCUCCAACCCUGGCAGACGGUUGAAGCUUUCAUCAGCGGCAAGCACUUCCGUAUCACUGGUACGCCGUGCAAGCAUUUCCCUGGUGGGGAGGUCACCGGUUUUAUCGUUGAAAGUGACUCUUUUGGGGUUAAUGAUGAUGGAUUGCCGAAUGUGGUGUAUUUCUCUGGGGAUACUGUUUGGAUUGAUGAGUUGGCGGAGAUUAGGAAAAAGUGGCAUGUUGCUGUGGCGGUACUGAGUUUGGGGAACGCGUUGUUUGAGUCACCGAAGGGAGUGUUGCAGAUUACGUUUGACGGGCAUCAGGCAGCACAUUUGAUGCGGACUCUUGGGGUGGAUGUUAUGGUGCCAAUUCAUUUCGAGUCGUGGGAGCAUUUUACGGAGCAUCAGGGCGAUCUGAAGCGCGUUUUCGAGGAGGAGGGUGUUCAGGCCAAAGUGUGUUGGCUGGUGCCUGGGGAGGAGAAGAUGGUCGUAUAG